ACCCUAGUAAUAAUAUUUUGUUGACAGCCGAAUAGAUACUUUAAAGACUGCCCUUUUCCGUCUUCUUCGAAUUCUGAUUAGAUAUGGUCGCCAUCCAUAGUGCAUCAAGUGACCAAUGAAUAUGGGAAUUUAGUUCGGUAGUCCCAGGGAAAGGGGCGGUAGUUAACGCCCCUAUCCACCCCCUAAAGCAUUUGGAGAAAUGCGAAGAAAAGUUUUACCGUGAAAGCGGAGAAUUAGGGACGAUGGCUUGACGUUUCUGCGGAUUAUACAGUAUUCUAGUAUGGCAAAUGGAAACGGGUAUUCAAGGAGGAAGUCGCUGCUGUCCAGUCUCGUCGCCUGAGGAGAAGAUCUCAAGACCUGUGGAUGCCUAGGGGAGUUCGGGUGCCGGCAAAUCAAAGCCCCUCUCUCUCUCUCUCUCUCUCUCUCUCUCUCUCUCUCAUCCUCAUCCUUCCUUUCCAGCCCCCUCCUUGCCUGACUCUUUCCCUCCCCUAUCUCUGUCGCUCGCGCGCGCUCGCUCGCUCGCUCUCUCUCUCUCUUCCCCGCCCAGAUCCGUCGCUGGCCUCACACACGCCUGUCUGCACGCUAUUCAUCUAGCGGUACGCGUCCUCCUCGGCGGCCGGAUCGGCUGAUGGCAUCACCGCGGUGACAGCCCGCUCUCCCUCUGCGGAUUUCCCUGCUCCCAUCUUCUCCUGCCUUUUUUUGUGUUUCCUACUUCGUCAGUGACACCUUGCCAUCCCUCUCAUAUUCUUAUUAUUUGCUGUGCCUCAAAACCCAAAUGCAAUCAUGACCUCCCCGGCAAAAUUCCGAAAAGACAAGGAGAUCAUUGCCGAAUAUGAAACUCAAGUCAAAGAAGUCCGUGCCCAACUGCUGGAGCAGCUCAAGUGUCUCGACCAGCAAUGUGAGCUCCGUGUCCAGCUCCUCCAAGACCUACAGGACUUCUUCCGCAAAAAAGCUGAGAUUGAAAUGGAUUAUUCACGGAAUUUGGAGAAGCUCGCUGAAAGGUUCCUGGCAAAGACCCGCAGCACAAAAGACCAUCAGUUUAAGAAGGACCAGAAUGUCCUGUCACCGGUGAACUGCUGGAAUCUCCUGCUGAGCCAAGUAAAGAGAGAAAGCCGGGACCAUGCUACACUUAGUGACCUCUACCUCAACAAUAUCAUCCCACGCUUUGUUCAGGUCAGCGAAGAUUCUGGACGACUUUUUAAAAAGAGCAAGGAGGUUGGCCUGCAGCUCCAGGAGGACUUGAUGAAAGUGCUCAAUGAACUCUACACGGUCAUGAAGACCUACCAUAUAUAUAAUAUGGACAGUAUUAAUGCAGAGUCCAAGCUGAAGGAAGCUGAGAAGCAGGAAGAGAAACAGAUUAGUCGGUCAGUACGACAGGAGGAGAAACAGACACCUCGGUCCCCUGAUGCGCUCACCAACAUCAAGAUUGAGGAGAAGCACAUUCGACGCAGCUCUGUCAAGAAGAUUGAAAAAAUGAAAGAGAAGCGUCAAGCCAAAUACACUGAAAACAAGUUAAAAGCAAUCAAGGCCAGGAACGAAUACCUUCUAGCCCUAGAGGCCACAAAUUGCUGUGUCUUCAAAUACUACAUCCAUGACCUCUCUGAUCUUAUUGACUGCUGUGAUCUCGGCUACCAUGCAAGCCUGAACCGUGCCCUCCGUACUUAUCUAUCUGCCGAGUUCAACUUGGCACAAUCCAAGCAUGAGGGUUUGGAAAUGAUUGAGAAUGCUGCAGAGAACCUCAACGCCAACAGUGACAAGCAGUGCCUGAUGGUGACCUAUAACACAGUAUUCUGUCCACCUGCCAGAUUCGACUUUCAGUCCCACAUGGGAGACACGGUGGCUCAUAUAUGUGCCCAGCCGCCAGUUCAGGGGGAGCUUCUACAGAGGUGCCAGCAAUUACAAUCUCGGCUGUCUACACUCAAGAUUGAAAAUGAAGAGGUGAAGAAGACCAUGGAGGCAACCUUACAGACAAUCCAAGACAUUGUGACGAUUGAAGACUUUGAUGUUUCUGAUUGCUUCCAGUAUAGUAAUUCCAUGGAGUCGGUGAAGUCAACUGUAUCCGAGACCUUUAUGAGCAAACCCAGCAUUGCAAAGAGACGAGCCAACCAGCAGGAGACAGAGCAGUUCUACUUCACAAAGCUGAAGGAAUAUCUCGAAGGCAGAAACCUAAUCACCAAGCUUCAGGCCAAGCAUGACCUGAUCCAGAAGACCCUUGGGGAAAGCCAAAGAACUGACUGCUCCAUUUCCAGCAGCAGUGGAAGAAGAAAUUCGACCGUGCGCAAGCAGGAUUCAAGCCAAGUCAUUCCAUUGAUGGUAGAAAGUUGUAUUCGUUUCAUCAGUCGGCAUGGCUUGCAGCACGAGGGUAUCUUCAGGGUGUCUGGAUCCCAGGUGGAAGUCAAUGACAUCAAGAAUGCUUUUGAGAGAGGUGAAGACCCUUUGGCUGGUGAUCAGAAUGACCAUGACAUGGACUCCAUUGCCAGUGUACUUAAGCUGUACUUCCGAGGCCUAGAAAAUACACUGUUUCCAAAAGAAAUCUUCCAUGAUCUCAUCUCAUGUGUGUCAAUGGAGAAUCUCCAGGAUCGUGCAACAAGCAUCCGCAAGGUCCUUCUCUCCUUACCCAAAUACACUUUGGUCAUCAUGAGAUACCUGUUUGCCUUUCUCAACCACCUGUCCCAGUACAGUGAAGAAAACAUGAUGGACCCCUACAACUUAGCAAUCUGCUUUGGUCCUACACUGAUGUCAGUCCCAGAAGGCCAUGACCAGGUUACCUGCCAGGCACACGUCAAUGAAUUAAUUAAAACAAUAAUCAUUCACCAUGAGACCAUUUUCCCAGGUCAAAAGGAGUUGGAAGGGCCAAUAUAUGACCAUGGAGGAAGCACAGAGGAAUACUGUGACAGCCCACAUGGUGAACCCUCCCUUGUAGAAGAUUCUUCACAGGAUGUCGUCGUUGAGCCUCAUAACAGUGAAGAUGCUAAUCCAGGGUCCUUGCUCAUUUCAGAGUUGGAUCCCAUCGAAGCCAUUGCAAAGUUUGACUAUUCAGGUCGCACUGGCCGUGAGCUUUCCUUCAAGAAAGGAGCUUCAUUGCUACUGUACCAUCGGGCAUCUGAUGAUUGGUGGGAAGGACGUCACAAUGGUGUAGAUGGCUUGGUGCCACACCAGUACAUUGUGGUGCAAGACACGGAAGAGAGCAGCACUGAGAGAGGAAGUCCAAAAGCUGAGGUGGAUGCUGCCUCUGACGCAACUCCUCCUGAGGAGAAGGUUUCCACGAGGGGAAGUAUCAGCUCUCCAACAGGGGGGCAUGUGGCGGACAUUUACUUGGCCAAUCUGAACAAGCAAAGGAAGAAGUCUGAAUCAGGGAGCAUUCGUAGGACAUUUCGAACCAGCGAGAGUGAUGGUCUGCCAGGGGCUUCAGCUAGUCCCAGGGCCACCUCAAUGCCAAUAUGCAGCCUUCCUAGAGAGUCGUCGGAGAAGCGGCCAGUUAGUGCUCAUGGAGGACUCAAUUCCAUUACCCGGCACUCUUCUCUGAAAACUAAAGUAGAAAGCCCACAGUUCAGAAAAUCAGCCACUGCAGGGCGUUCUAAGAGCUUCAGUAACCACAGACCCCUGGAUCCUGAAGUCAUUGUGCAGGUAGAGCACAGUUCAAAGGACAUUGAGGCCACCAUGAACUCCGCACUGAAUGAGUUACGGGAGCUGGAGAGGCAGAGCACUGUGAAGCACGCCCCAGAUGUAGUGCUGGACACACUUGAGACCAUGAAGGUCUCAGCCGCUGCACUGGCACCCACCUCAGAACCCUCCAGCCCUUUGCACUCCUGCCUCAUGAAGGAGACGGAAUCUUUGCACCCGCUGCAGCGCAGCUCCAGCUCUGCCAGUGACAUGCCCAGCACGUUCCGCCCUAUCAAGACUGCUGCUAAGGCUGUGGCUCCUAGCCGAGAGGUUAGGCCCCCUGCCACACGACCCAAGCCUGUGAUCUUCCCCAAGACUAACUCGGGCAGCCCAGCUGUGGGCUCUCCUACCUCAUCCAUGCCUCCUACCCCACCACCUCCUCCGCCACCCUCUGACAAAUCGUGCCCUGUAUGAGGCAGCAGCAUGUGGAAAUGUUGAAGUAGCCGUGAAGUGGAGGGGGGAAAACGUACUUCCCAGGCCUGUUAGCAGCUUUUGAAGCCUGCACAACUCGACUGGAGGAUUACAUUUAACGACAGAGUGACCAACUGUAGCUUACUGAGCAGAUGCGUUGACAGCAGGGGGAAUUUACCUUUUAUUUUUUUUGUUCAACAGCAAUAGUCAUUCUGCAAUAUCUUUUGUGGGGAAAACAGCAAAUAUGAUUCAUGUCUUUUCUGAUUGUUGUCCUUCACUGUCACCAUAUGCUGCACAAAACUCUCCGUACAGCAUUGCCCCAUCUACUCAGUCAGAUCUUUCCACUAGGCUUGGACCAGAAUGGAUCAGACUUGAACCAAAACUGUAUUAGGGAAAGGGGAAGAAUUUGAGGGGGCAUCCAUAAAGCGACUGACUGUGGAAAACUGACCCAGAAGAACGAGGUCACCUGAGAAGGAAGAGCUGUAACCUUACGGCCUAGUGGACACAAAUGUGACAGGAUCAGGCAAUGCUGCCUGCUCUCAGGAAAUGUACCAUCUCUCUGGUGGUGAGGGUCUGUUGGUGGGUUGGGGGGGGGGGGUCACUGUUUGAUGGUGUUGUGUGUAUGUGGAUUUUUUUUUUCUUUCUAAAACAAGAAGAGUAGUAUGGUGGAUGAAAAUAGGUGCGUGUGCACGCUCACACCUUUGUGUGCCAAAUUCUAGCCACUUCCCCAUGCCGAUAGCAUUUACGAUGAGGGAGCACCCGGGUUCUUCCAAGAAAGCUUUCAGGCUGCUUCUGUGAGGAAAUCUCCGAGUGAACUGCACUGGACACGUGUUACUUGGUUUAGAGCCUCGAUUUAAUUUUGCUAAACUGAUUUUACUGGAA